CCGCCCACCAAUCUGCAUUAGGUUCUUCUUUCUUGGGUUCAACAUCGAACAGCCAAGCCAACAAAAGGCUUUCGCCAUCCAUCGAAGUGAGGUGUGAGGACAAUCAACCACAGAGAGCAAGAGAUAGAAUGGCAGAGAUAAGUUUAUCUUCGUAUUCAAGCCCUAUGUACUUCUCCAAUCAAGGCCGUGUACAUAAUCAGUUCCUGAUUCCAUGCAAUACUAGUAGAAGAAGGACGAAACCCAUCUCGAUUAAGGCCUUGAAGAGCUCACCCACUUCAAGAGGACAAGUUUUGUCCAGCAAUUGGGAUGUUUCCGGGUAUUCUCCUUCUCCAUUGCUCCCUAAAUUUGAGGAGCUCGACACCACCAAUAUGCUUCUGCGUCAGAGAAUUGUUUUCUUGGGCUCUCAGGUGGAUGACAUGACAGCAGAUUUUAUCAUAAGUCAGCUCUUAUUUCUUGAUGCAGAAGACUCAAAAAAAGACAUUAGGUUAUUUAUCAAUUCGCCUGGUGGUUCUGUUACAGCUGGUAUGGGAAUAUAUGAUGCAAUGAAGUUGUGUAAGGCUGAUGUUUCUACUGUGUGCUUCGGCCUUGCUGCAUCCAUGGGUGCGUUUCUCCUUACUUCUGGUACCAAAGGGAAGCGAUUUUGCAUGCCCAAUGCGAAAGUGAUGAUCCAUCAACCUCUUGGAACUGCUGGAGGCAAAGCAACAGAGAUGAGUAUUCGGAUACGAGAGAUGGUGUACCAAAAGGUAAAAAUUAACAAGAUUAUGUCAAGAACUACUGGGAAGCCCGAACAGCAGAUUGAAAUAGACACUGACCGAGAUAAUUUCAUGAAUGCUUGGGAGGCUAAGGAAUAUGGGUUAAUCGAUGAGGUUAUAGAUGAUGGCAAACCAGGAUUGGUUGCGCCGCUUGCAGAUUUUUCACCUCCACCCAAAACUCGUGUCUGGGAUAUGUGGAAUGUUGAAGGGACCAAGAAAGCUGUGAAGAAUUUGCCUUCAGAGCAUAGAAUCUUACAAAAUGGAUAUCCAGAUGGUAAAGGACGUGAAGAUGAUAGCAGUGCAGAUCAGAAAGAUGAAGCUUCUGCCCCUGUAUGAGUUGGAGACAUAUCAUGGACUUGUUCUUCAUUCAACUUGUGCGCAUAAGUAGUUGAUGGUGUAAAAGAUCUUAAAGUGGGUUUCAGUUGGUAAAAGAAACUGAAAUGGGAAAAGAAUUUUUUUACUUUUACUUUGGAAGAUAUUUAUGUGUUCUAAUUUCUUCUACCAGAUAAUAUAAUAUCCCUACAAUCAAUCUUGAAGUUUAUAAGGAGACAAUUAAACU